CAGCUAUGCAACAUGUAGCCUAUUUGACUAUAGCAGAAUUUUCUGCAUCUGUCACAAUUUCUUGGACAGAUUACAGCCUUAAUUCUGCCAUCUGUCCAGAGCUCAAAAACGUCAGACCCUGAUAUGCUGCUUCCAGAUGACACAGAAUUGGGUAACAAUGAAGAGGACAUUGAAGCAGUGCUGGAGGAAGCUGCAGAAGAUUUCUCUUCCCCACACUGUCAUAUUAAAGAGAUGGUGUCAGUUAACAGGACGCUUGUGGAAAGAGGCUUCGCUGAAUGGGUAGACAGCUAUUAA